CACCUAUCCCUGCUCAAUAGAAUCCCUGGGUGCUAAAUGGCAGGAGCCCCGGGGUGUCCCAUAGGGGUAUGGCUGGCUGGGUCACUAACCUCUGUGAUCUGCUCCCUCCCUCUGCAGAUCAUGCGGAUCAAACCUCACCAAAGCCAGCACAUAGGAGAGAUGAGCUUCUUACAGCACAGCAGAUGUGAAUGCAGACCAAAGAAAGAUAGAACAAAGCCAGAAAAAAAAUCAGUUCGAGGAAAGGGAAAGGGUCAAAAACGAAAGCGCAAGAAAUCCCGGUUUAAAUCCUGGAGCGUUCACUGUGAGCCUUGUUCAGAGCGGAGAAAGCAUUUGUUUGUCCAAGAUCCGCAGACGUGUAAAUGUUCCUGCAAAAACACAGACUCGCGUUGCAAGGCGAGGCAGCUUGAGUUAAACGAACGUACUUGCAGAUGUGACAAGCCGAGGCGGUGAGCCAGGCUACGGGAAGGAGCCUCCCUCAGGGUUUCGGGAACCAGACCUCUCACCGGAAAGACCGAUUAACCAUGUCACCACCACACCAUCAUCGUCACCAUCGACAGAACAGUCCUUAAUCCAGAAAGCCUGACAUGAAGGAAGAGGAGACUCUUCGAGGAGCACUUUGGGUCCGGAGGGCGAGAUUCCGGCAGACGCAUUCCCGGCCAGGUGACCAAGCAUGGUCCCUCAUGGAACUGGAUUCGCCAUUUUCUUAUAUGUGCUGCUAAAUCGCCAAGCCCGGAAUAUUAGGGAGCUUUGUUUCUGGGAUUCCUGUAGACACACCCACCCACAUACACACAUAUAUAUAUAUUAUAUAUAUAAAUAAAUAUAUAUGUUUUAUAUAUAAAAUAUAUAUAUAUUCUUUUUUUAAAUUAACUCUGCUAAUGUUAUUGGUGUCUUCACUGGAUAUGUUUGACUGCUGUGGACUUGAGUUGGGAGGAGAAUGUCCUCACUCGGAUCCCGACACGGGAGACAAUGGGACAAAAGGCUCCGGCGUGAUCUUUUGUCCUUCUUAGAGAGGCCGAAGUCCUUUGCCUGCCAGGGAGCAUGCAAGGCCAGGGCACGGGGGCACAUUGGCUAACUUCCAGAAACACGACAAACCCAUCCCUGGCCCUGAGUCAAGAGGACAGAAAGACAGAUGACAGAGAAAGAGUUGCUGGUUCCAACCAGAAGUUUGGGGAACCUCAGGACAUGGCACGCUUUGUGGAUCCCCACUAUAGUCUACAAAAGCACCCUGCCCCUCUGGGCCCUUUCUGGAAGAAUCAGGAACCCGGCCGGCCUUCAGCUCUCUCCUCCACUUCUGAGGGGCCUAGGAGGCCUCCCACAGCUGUCCUGGCAAAGAGAAGACAGUGGUGGAAGAAGAGGCCUGGUAACGGCUCCUCCUCCUGGGAACCCCUCAUCCUCUCCCUACCCCACUUCCUGGGUGUAGCCCAGGAAGACCUUGCGUGAUCAGACCAUUGAAACCACUAAUUCUGUUCCCAGGAGACUUGGCUGUGUGUGAGUGGCUUACCCUUCCCCAUCUUCCCUUCCCGAGGCACAGAGCAAUGGGGCAGGACCCGCAAGCCCCUCACGGAGGCAAAGAAAAGAGAAAGUGUUUUAUAUACGGUACUUAUUUAAUAGCCCUUUUUAAUUAGAAAUUAAAACAGUUAAUUUAAUUAAAGAGUAGGGUUUUUUCAGUAUUCUUGGUUAAUAUUUAAUUUCAACUAUUUAUGAGAUGUAUCUCUCGCUCUCUCUUAUUUGUACUGUUUUUUUUUGUUUUUAUUUUUUUUGUUCUUGUUGUGUGUGUGUGUUUGUGUGUGUGUGUGUGUGUGUGUGUGUGUGUGUGUAUGAAAUCUGUGUUUUCAAUCUCUUUCUCCCAGAUUGGUGACAGUCACUAGCUUGUCCUGAGAAGAUAUUUAAUUUUGCUAACACUCAGCUCUGCCCUCCCCUGUCCCCACCACACAUUCCUUUGAAAUAAGGUUUCAAUAUACAUUUACAUACUAUAUAUAUAUUUGGCAACUUGUGUUUGUAUAUAAAUAUAUAUAUAUAUAUAUAUGUUUAUGUAUAUAUGUGAUUCUGAUAAAAUAGACAUUGCUAUUCUGUUUUUUAUAUGUAAAAGCAAAACAAGAAAAAAUAGAGAAUUCUACAUACUAAAUCUCUCUCCUUUUUUAAUUUUAAUAUUUGUUAUCAUUUAUUUAUUGGUGCUACUGUUUAUCCGUAAUAAUUGUGGGGAAAAGAUAUUAACAUCAGAUCCUUGACUCUAGAGCAGUUUUCCGAGAUAUUCCGUAGUACAUAUUUAUUUUUAAACAGCAACAAAGAAAUACAGAUAUAUCUUAAAAAAAAAAAAGCAUUUUGUAUUAAAGAAUUGAAUUCUGAUCUCAAA